ACAAUGAAACAAUUGCCAGCUGAAGUUGCAUAGAAAAAACUGAGGCAAACGAAACGCAACGAAAGUGUACCGAAGUGAAGUGUAGUGAGCUGAGGUGAAGUGAGGUGACGAAAAGUGAGCGCCACAACGCCACAAUGGACGUCAAAGAUAUCAAGGGCGCCAAGGUGACGCACGCGGGUCUGCUCAAGCACAAUACAGAUGGCACCACCGAGACCCAAAAGAUCACACAUGCCGGCCUGGUGGCGCGCAGUCCCGAAGGCACCGCCGCCAAGGGCAUGAAUAUACGCGGCAACGAAGACCUGUGGGUGGAAAUCCAAGCGAACACCUUUCGCAAUUGGGUCAACGAGCAUUUGCGCGAGACGGGCAUGCAGGUGCAUGACUGGGCUACGGACUUCUGCGAUGGCACCUGCUGUGCGCUGGUCGAGAACCUGCAAACGCGUCCGCUGAAACCAUCGUGGAAUCGCCGGCCGGCCAAUCAGCAUCAUUAUCUGGAGAAUGCCACAACCGCUCUCAAGUCGAUUGAGGCGGAUCACAUCAAGCUGGUGAACAUUGGCAACGUGGACAUUGUCAAUGGCAACGUGAAGCUGAUAUUGGGCCUCAUCUGGUCGCUGAUUGUGCGCUACCAGAUCGGACGCAGCAAAUUUCCACCGCGCAAGCUCAUGCUGGCCUGGCUGCAGGCCGCGCUGCCGGAUUGCAAAAUCACCAAUCUCACGACAGAUUGGAAUAGCGGCGUCAACUUGGCCGCGUUGCUGGACUACUGCCAGCCGGGCCUGUUUCCGCACUGGCGCAGUCUCGAUCCUAGUCAGAGUGUGCGCAAUUGCACCAAUGCCAUGAAUCUGGCGCAGCGCGAGUUCGGUGUGCCCAAGGUGCUAGAGCCCGAGUAUCUGGCCUCGCCUUGGCUGGAUGAGCUCCGGCAUGACGUUAAGGAGCCCGUCAAGAAUUUUACGACCGAUUGGAACGAUGGACGCGUGCUGUGCGAAAUCAUCAAGGGACUGGGCGGCUCGGCACCAGCGCCAGAUAAGCUGAGCACCGAUCCCUUUCACUAUGAGAACAAUAUACGCAAGGCCGUCGAUGCUGGCGCCAAGCUGGGCGUUCAGCCCAUAUUGACGCCCAAGGACAUGGCGAAUCCGGAAGUUGAGCAUCUGGGCAUCAUGGCAUAUGCAGCCCAUCUGCAGUGGGUGCCGCCGCGACCACCGCUCUCCGACCUGGUCAACGUUUAUUUGGAGAGCACAUCCGGCCGUGUGGGCGAACCGACGCAUUUCCGCAUCGACGUGCUGUCGCGGGACAUCAGCUUGAGUUCAGUGCGCUGUCACGUGGUGCCCCCGUCCG